AUGGGUGGGGGGGCAUUCGGGAUGGCGACUGGAAAUGAGAGCAGUGAAGGAGCUGCUGGGCCCAUGGCAGCAGUGGUGGCUACCACAGGAGGAAUGGUAGCAGAGAGCCCUUCCUCUGCUGUCUCCACCUAUAUCAAACUGGUGCUACUGGGGCUGAUCAUCUGCAUCAGCCUGGUGGGCAACCUGGUGGUGUCUCUGCUGGUCCUGCGGGACCGGGCCCUACACAAGGCACCUUACUACUUCCUGCUGGACCUGUGCCUGGCAGACACCAUUCGCUCAGCCAUCUGCUUCCCCUUUGUGCUGGUGUCUAUAAAGAACGGGUCGGCCUGGACCUACAGUGUGCUGAGCUGCAAGGUGGUGGCCUUCAUGGCAGUGCUCUUUUGUUUCCAUGCUGCCUUCAUGCUGUUCUGCAUCAGCGUAACGCGCUACAUGGCCAUCGCACACCACCGCUUUUACUCAAAGCGCAUGACGUUCUGGACAUGUGUGGCAGUGGUCUGCAUGGUGUGGACACUGUCUGUGGCAAUGGCUUUCCCACCAGUGUUUGAUGUGGGCACCUACAAAUUUAUUCGCGAGGAGGACCAGUGCAUCUUUGAGCAUCGCUACUUCAAGGCCAACGAUACACUCGGCUUCAUGCUCAUGCUCGCUGUGCUCAUUCUAGCCACACAUGUUGUCUACAUGAAGUUACUCCUCUUUGAGUACAAGCACCGCAAGAUGAAGCCGGUCCAAAUGGUGCCGGCCAUCAGUCAGAACUGGACCUUCCAUGGGCCGGGAGCAACUGGCCAAGCGGCAGCCAACUGGAUUGCGGGCUUCGGCAGGGGCCCGAUGCCUCCGACUCUGCUGGGAAUCCGGCAGAACUUGCACAACCAGAAUCGGCGCUUGUUGGGCAUGGAGGAGUUCAAAGCAGAGAAGCAGCUUGGCAGGAUGUUUUACGUGAUUACCCUGCUGUUCCUGGUGCUCUGGUCUCCCUACAUAGUGGCUUGCUACUGGAGGGUGUUUGUCAAGGCUUGCACAAUACCACACCGAUACCUCUCCACCACCGUGUGGAUGAGUUUCGCCCAAGCUGGGGUUAACCCUAUUGUCUGUUUCUUCCUUAAUAAAGACUUGAAGAAAGGGCUCCUUUCCCACCUACCAGCCUGCUGCAGGACUAAACCUCAUCUGCCACGAGAGCCUUAUUGUGUCAUGUAAGCAGAGAUUAAAACUAAAAGUGGAGAGAGAAAAAACAAGGGACAGCCAACAGAUGUGUUUUGGGAGUUUGCUUGAGCAAUUAUAGUGUUAUAGUGAUUCAAUGCAAGCUACUUUUAAGUAGUGGGUGUAAUGGUAAAAACACUGGAAUGGUAAGCAUGUAUUUCCAUCUACCAACCCCUUUUCACUAAAAACAACAGCAAACAUGAAGUCAGACUGUUUUAUAACAAGAGAAAAAUACUGGCGAAUGCCAUCACUGUGGAGAUCAAGCCAGUCAAACAGCCACCAAUAAAUUACACAAGCUGCUUCAUGAAGAAUGUCAAAAUGGCCCAUUAGAAAAGGGACACAUUGAUAUUUGAGUUGGUUUGGUAACUAAAAGAAGACAAAGAAGCAACACUUCAGAAUCAAAAGUCAAAAUCAUUUAAAUUUCACUAACAUGCUGGAUUAGUUAGCGAGGCCAAUACUGUUUGUGUUAAUGAAGUUACUUGUAUUACAACAGUGAAGAGACGAGAGGAAACAAGGGAGACAAUGAAAGGUUCCCGUACAGAUUUGAACUAGUUGCCACAUAUGGUCAGAAUGUUAACAUGAAGCCACAGGGGCAUAUUUUAUGUGUUUGUGUCUAAUUUGACAACAUUGGUCAAAGGGGGUCCAUGAGGUUUUGAUUUUCUGACACAACACUAUCCAAAGACAGUUACCUUUGUUUACUAUUCAUCCAUGAAGUUGUUAGAGUCAAUUAUCUAUAAGUAUGAAGUCUGUACGAUUUUAAAAGUUCAAAUUUCAACACAUUUUGUCCCCUUUUUGAUCCAAAAAUUAUUUUCAAAUAAAUUGUCUUUAGAAAAUAGGCGCACUGACUCUGUAAGCCUUAAAGAGUUUAAUUUAAUUCUGUUGUCCUUUGACUCAGACUGAAUCCCCUCACUCAACAAGGAACAUAAUAUUAGUGUUUAAUUCGUGUACCAGCUUUUAUCUCCAUGAUGAUGUGUUUUAUUUGGUAUUAUCCAUGUUUAGUUAUCCAUGUCUAUUAUUUCUCAGUCAUGACUCAUUGAUGUUAACUGAAACAAAUUCGGGUGACUGCGGAAACUCCAUGACAAUACAUGUGUUGUUACCAAUCUGGUGAUUCACUUGAAGAGAAAAGAGGAGAAGUGAUCAGCUGAUAGCUGGCAGAGGUUGCUCACUAACAGCAGCUAGUUGCAGUCAGGGGUUUGAGUCAGAAUACAGUGCCCAGUUGCAUAAAAUGCUUCUCUUACAAGAUAAAAUUCUCCUUACCUGAUCACUGCAGUUACAGGUGGUGCAAGAACAGUCUCUGGUCAAAUACUGAGGAUUCCCAUUGGCUACCUAGUGCACUUCAUUUACUUUUCGCCAGUUUCUGAAUGUUUAGAAGUUUAAAAUGUAAAGCCCUCAAAAUUUCCCACCGUGGAACAAAAGAUAUUGAGCACAGAGUGGAUCUUUUGUUAAAAACUCAACAACACAAAACCUUGAAUAUUCACGACGAGACGCCAUCACAGAGACUCCUGCUGUUCUUACAGUUCUCCUCUGAGAUAUCAUCAUGAGCCCAGUCCAUCUCUGUCAAACAGCUUGUGUUUCUGAAGUAUGAAAUUAACUUAUGAAUGUAUGUAAAUGCCAGUAUUUGUUGACAGUUGAAUUGUAAAAAAAAAAUAUCAGACAGUGCUAUGUCAUUAAAAACAGUCAAAUAUAGUUGCAUUUGUUUUUGUUACUACAUUGAUUAUGUGACCUUAAAACAUGCUUAUGUACUCUUGUUAUUGACAGAAAGUGUUUAGCGGAGCACUGAACUCAAUGCAGAAGAUGUGUGUGAAUUUACUCUGUCUCCAAGACGUUUUAAAUGUUGGUGUCACUGGGCCUUUAGUCUCUGCUGCUGAUGUCAUCUCAGUUAUGUGAUUGCACCCGUCAGUGACGAUGCACAAAUAUGAUGAUUCCUGUCCUAAACCUCCCCACAGAGUACCGAUGAGACUGACAGACAGGCCAAAUUAUAACAGACGAUGCAACGGAAAUGUGUCUGAAGAAGGAAUAUGGCUCAGCUAAAGUCUCAACAGGGUUUUCUAGACAGAUUUUCAUUCUGUUUUUGUAGGCCUGUCACGAUAGUCAAUAUAUCGACUUGUCGUUCGAUAUAUAAAAAUGGACGCGAUAGUUUUUGUGGACUCGAUAAUUGUUGUUUACAUAAGCCAUCAACAUUUUCGCCAGUCGCUCUGAUUCUGUCCCUCUGCUGUCGCUAAGCCUGCUCUCUGUGGGAGGAGUGACACACACACACACACACACAGCGUGGCGGCUAGCAGCUGAAGCUAGCGAGUGUGUUACUCCAAGUCAAGUUUCUUGACGGCUGCACAACUCCAGAAAGUUUGGUGGAAUAAAUGGAAUUGGUGCCAAAGCCGGUGUGGGAACAUUUCGGAUUUCACUGUUCAGCUCAGCAGCUGCACAACAACGACGCCGCUUAUUGUAAACAAACCGGCAUGCUAACUGUACACAGAGAGUCCGCCGCUGAUCGUAAAUUAAACGGCGUCCCCAACUGUGCACAGUUUCCGGUGCUUGUUGUAAACAAACAGAGGUCGCUAAGUGAACACAUAGCUAACUGUUGGCCUGUUAGCACAUACACACUGUACUGCUACAGAGCUUACUGUUAGCGUGUUAGCACAUACACACUGUACUGCUACAGAGCUAACUGUUAGCCUGUUAGCACAUACACACUGUAGUGCUACAGAGCUAACUGUUAGCCUGUUAGCACUGACUGUCCUGCCUCUUAAAGGAGCCACGCCUCUCCUAUAGUGGACACAUUAUAACACUGACUUUUUGUGCUAUUUAAGUAACACUGCAAAUGUUUUACAGACAGGAGGAAUUGACAAAAAAAAUCUCACAAACAGCUGUUUAUAUUUUUAUUAUUUAUAAUAUAUAAUAUUUAUCUCAGUGCAGUUUCUGUUAACAGAUCCCAAGAGUCUGUUGUAUUUGUUUUGAUUGUAGUUUAUUUAUUUAUGUUUUAUUUGUCUAGGAUGUUUUAAUAUUUAUUUUCCACAUUUCAAUUUCAAUGUCUAAUAUUCUUGAGAUUUAAAAAUGUAUUGCUGUGGAAACGGAUGUACUCCAUCAUACUAUCGUUUAUCGUGAUAGUUUCUGGGAAAAUAUAUCGUCCUAAAAAAUUGUUAUCGUCACAGGCCUAUCUGUUUGUUAAUGUAAAAAGCAAAACUUCCAUCUAAACCAGUGACGGUACCUUUUGUCAGCAUUUUGUUGUCGUCACUCACUCGUGCAACUGAAAACAUACAAUAAAUUAUUUUCAGGCUUGGAAUACACAUACAUACCAAGGAUUUUCUCUGAGGGAAAAUCAUAAAUAUAUCUGUAAAACAAAAUGUUCUUUGACAGCAUUUUCUGUGACUGGGCACUGAUAACUGCAUGUAGCUCUUUAAUCAUUUGUUGAACACUUGUUCCAUGGGAAGAAGAGUAGAAAUGAAGCGAUACAACCAAAGCACAGAGCAGACUGUCUCUACUAACCAUGUUCUGUCAGCUCCGAGUCUUGCUGUCAGGAAUAUUACAGACUGGUCACAUUCAGCUGGAAAAUUAGCUUUAACCUUCAUCGCAGCUACCUGUUGAUGGUGGAUUUCAUAAUUUCAUUCCCAUUUUAUCCAGACUUUUUAAAAUCAAUAUUAUUAACCAAAUUGCCAACUUUUAAAUUUGGAAAAACGAUUGCUUGUUCGUGUCAGCAUUGUAAGAUGAAGUCAGAAUUUUGACUAAACAACAGGCCAAAAGUUUGGAAGCAACUUCAAUUUUCUGUUCACAAUGUCUUUCUUAAAAACCAGAAUGGAUUCUUUGGAUUAUUGGACGUGUUUACUGCAUGAUCAGACUUUAACUUUAUUGAAUUGAACCAUUUUCCUCAAUUUACCUUUAGGUAAACAUUGAUGUUAUCAGACCAUUGCUGAAUAAAUGUUAACAGAAGAAAAGAAGGGCUUAGUUUUAGGGUUGAGAAGAUUUGGAAGAGUCACAACUUCAGUGCAAAAGUAAAAAACAAAUCACAGUUUGCAUUAUUCACUUUAGCUCUUUGGAUUUUGAGAGUUUGGAUACAAAUAAAUCUCAACUGUGUUCAUAUCUCUGACAAACUACCACAGAAAUGGUUAAAACUGAAGCAGCUGAGUAAAGAAACAAGAGUUCAGAUUUAUACAUUAAGGAAAGAAGGAAACAAAGUCUAAGCAACAUAAACCCAAAGUGCUGAUAUUUAUAGUAAAAUGUGUUCUAAUAAGUGACUCUUUAUAUAACAAUCACGUUUAUUUUGUUGCAAAGUAUAGCAAUUAAUCUUUUCUGUACAAAUUUGAUCUUGCUUCCAAACUUUUAGCCUGUAGUAUGUCUUAUGUAUUAACAACAAAAUGAUGGUCUGCGUGAAAAUUUUGAUCAUCAAAUGAUGAGGGCAUGUAGCCACAGCACUGAGUUAAAAACAGAAAGAGAAGAGGAACCAUCAUUCUAUCUUGUGUCUUGAUGAAUGCAGGUUAACAGUACAACUAUUCCAUUCACAGAACAAAACAGAGCCGAAAUCUUUCACCAGCUCGACAUUAACUUGAUCCUGUCCGGUGGUAUAAUAGAGCCGAAAUCUUUCACCAUUAGAAUAAAUCAUAACUUCCCAGAGUGCUGAAGGAACCAGGAUGCACUACGAGGCACAUCUACUGCUUUAUUUUUGCACAAAUCUAAAAAAAAAAAAUUGAUUAACUGUGCUUAUUUCUUUUUUUCUCUCUGUAAAUGAACUGUAAGUUGACGUGAAGAUCAGGUGGAAGAAGGGACCGGGCUCAGAGAUUGUAAUUAGUCAGUGAAUGUCUGGAAACAUGACGGUCCUUCAGAUUGUUUGUGAGUUUGAGGAGCCUCUUUGUCUCUGCAGACACCCAACAGCAGCAUGCCACAUCUUGUUUUUAUUUCCAGAAUUAUGGCCUUACUCCAUAAAACGUCAAAUCAAUGCAACCAAGAGUAGAUGUGUCUUCUGUAUGCACUGAAGUCAUUCAGAAGGAGGAAACAGAACACUGUGUACUGACAUUUGGAAGACUUGUUGCCCUUCCCGUCAGAACCUGGAGGAACUGAGGAGAUGAAAACUUUAGAGGGACUUUUCUACUGCAGACUGAUGAUCUGAGGGAACCCCUCCCUGGAUUUCUGUUGGAUUGUUUUUCUCAGUUAUUUUCCUCUUGGAUAUGAAGGAAAAACAACUGGUCUUUCCAUUUUCAUUUCUUAGACUAAGCCAGAGAGAAGAGAUGCUGGAGAGGCCUGACAGAGCUUUGUUUUGUUGCCUCAGUCAGAUUAUCUUUUGUAAAUGUACUGUGACCUCUGUACUAUCUAGUGUGUGUUAUAUUGACAGCAAACCAACUUUGAAAUGCAACAGAAGAG